AAAAAAAAAAAAUCCACACCAUUAUCUGUGACAGCAUCCCGAACUGAACGCACUAGGACAGCCCCACGAAACCCUGUAAGYUUCUCAUGUAAGCCAGGUGGCCUCAUCAAAUCUUUGUAUUGCCGUUAUGAGGAUUUUUAGAAGAGGCAACAUUGCAGCUGUCUUUGUGCUGGGAGCUACUUUUAUGGUCAUUUACUUCUGUCAGAAUAGCGCUAACCUUACAAACUACAAUUUYUCCAGCCGCCCACUGACUGAUGUCUUUAAUAAUAAGAGUCCAUCAGAAACUGUCAUCAAAUUACACACACAUGAAUUUUUAGUUCCAAAGUGUGAAGCAAACAUGUCGGUAGCUGACAUGAAAGACUUCAGCUCUCUUCCUGAUGCCAUCAAAAAUUUCUUGUACUACCGCCACUGCCGUACAUUUCCCCUGCUGYUGGACCUGCCAGGCAAGUGUGAAAGAGACAACAGUUCCCAUGAAGUCUUCCUUCUGCUUGUCAUCAAAAGCUCUCCUUUGAAUUACGACCGUCGGGAAGUGCUACGUAAAACCUGGGCCAAAGAGAGGCUCCACAACGGUGUGUGGAUUCGACGGAUAUUCAUCUUAGGAACAUCGGUUUCUGGUUAUGAGAAGAAAAAGCUAAACAAAUUACUGAAAGCGGAACAAGAGGACUUCAAUGACAUCCUCCAGUGGGAUUUUAAUGACACGUUUCACAACCUCACACUGAAACAAAUGCUCUUUUAUGGGUGGAUGGAGAGAAACUGUCCAAAUGCUCGCUUCCUGCUUAACGGCGACGACGAUGUGUUUGCCCACACUGACAACAUGAUGGAAUAUCUCCGAAACUUCCCUGACAAUGAUGGAAGCAAGCACCUUUUCACUGGCUACUUGUUUCUGGACGAAAAGGUCGUCAGGUGGACGGGAAGUAAAUAUUUCAUUCCGGUCCAGAUACAGGAGUCAAACACAUAUCUACCUUACUGUGGAGGAGGGGGAUACCUUCUGUCCGGCUACACGGCUUUGGUGAUAUACAGGAUGUCGCAGUCCAUACCCAUCCACCCCAUCGAUGAUGCUUACAUGGGGAUGUGUCUGUCCAAAGCGGGACUUUCACCUUCUUCUCACAUCGGUGUGAAAACAUUGGGGUUGAAUAUGCCAUAUAAAGAAGCAGACAGUUUUGAACCUUGCUAUUUGAGAGAUCUUCUAUUGGUACACAGAUUUCUACCAGCUGAUGUGUAUCUGAUGUGGAAAGAAGUUCAUAAUCCACAUUUGAAAUGUAACCUCUGAAAGAAAGACAGAUAAGGAGUCCAGUCUGUUGGAUACAUGGACCGUAGCUUAAUGAUGCCAAAAAAAAAAAAAAAAAAGCUGGAUGUGUUUUUUUUUUUUUUAGCAUUUGGGCUCUUUUCAGAAGCUUGAAGGUUAUUUGAUCAUUCAAAGGAGAAUUUAUUGAACUCAAAUUUUAAUUUAUUGUAUAUGACUGUGUGUGGUUAAAGGUUUAUAAGAAGAAAGUAAAUGUCUGUUUUAAUGACCCAAGCUAAAGAAAGAAGACAGAAGACCAGGGAAGGGAAUGCUAGACAUGACUUGUCUAAAUAUUUACAUGUUUUUUCUUUUCUAUUUAAUAGUCAUGUUCAAACAUGAAAAUAUGACUGAUUUUUACCGUCAGUCAUAUUGUGAAAGUGGUUCAAACUUUUGUUAAAAUGUAGAUAAAUGUGAAUAAGUUUGCACAAACGGACAGCGUGGCUAACCCUCAAGUGGUUUGUCGAAGGGUGUUACUUCAUAAUUACAUUAGAAGUACAGGG